AUGAAAGAAAAUCUGUCUCAUUCGCCUGCCAGUGCGCCCUCACAUAGGACGAAGCCUCUUUCCAGGAACUUCUGGCUCCAAGUCCUCAUCAUUAGCGCCGUGUUCUGCCUAUGGGUGUACGAAGUGGUAUUCGGUGCCAAUUCACGUUUUGUGCUGCAAAAGAAAGAGAAGUUCCAGAAAUGCUCGAUUGAUGAAUACCGGGCUACCGGAUUCGAGUUCUUGAAGACGGCCGAACGGCCGCCAUGGGAAGAAUAUGUUCUGCGGAGAAAUAAUCUUGCACAGGCCCUCGUCAUUGAUGGCGUCGAUGCUUUCGUCCCCCAAUGGGAAGGCUGGGAGCCGGAGGAGCGUCCAUUCUUGAUGGUUAUACGACCUUCCACGUUGCCUAAUGGCUCGAUAGCCGCGAACACAUCCUUCCUGGUGCCACACUUUGAGGAAGAGCGCGCUAGACUCCUGAAGAUGCCUUUUCAAGAACCAAUUUCGACAAUCACCUACGAAGAGCACUGGAACUACUACACCACUCUCUGGGAGACUUCUAUUUGGGGCGAGAAACUCUCGCCAGUCCUCAUGGUCGAUGAAGAGAUGCGUGACUUCAUCUCUCGUGGCCUUGCUUCUAACGGCUUUACCAUUGUCGGUCUCAGCGGCGAAGUGGAAGCCGUUCGCCAAGUCAAGACAGAACGCGAACUCGGCAUCAUGCGCGCCGUCAAUACGGGGACAGUCGAGGCCAUCCGGGCAAUGAGGAAAUGUCUGUACCCUGGCGUGACUGAGAACGAAGUCGCAGAAGUACUCGAUUACACACUGAAAUCCGCUGGCCUCGAUCCCUUCUUCGACAUUGUUGAGUUCGGAGAAUCCGCAGCACUGCCGCAUGGUGGGUAUGACGGGACCCGAAAGCUCGAACCAGACGACUUCAUCCUCAUCGAUGUCGGAGCUCACCUGUACGGCUACAGCAGCGACGUGGCUCGCACUUUCUACCCUCCUUUCCUCCAGAAUCCUCCACCUCCAGAAUACAAUGUUACGGAGAAACUCGAGGUGUGGCAGCUUGUUCUUGACGCUCAAGCCGCGUCUGUAAAAGCCAUGGUGCUUAAUGCUACCGCAGCAUCCGUCGACCUCGCUGCGCGCGGCAUCAUCGAAGGUGCCGGUUACGGGAAGCAAUUCACGCAUCGUCUAGGGCACAGUAUUGGUAUCAAGGCGCACGAAAGCCCGUAUCUGAACAAAGGCAACUUUGCGACCCUUUUAAGACCCGGAAUGGUGUUUACGAGCGAGCCGGGGGUGUAUGUACUGAAUGAGUUCGGAGUAAGACAUGAAGACGUGCUCGUCGUUCGAGAAGAGGGGGAAGCGGAGAACAUCAGUGGGGGCUUUGCCAGGAGUCCCUGGGCACCCUGA